AUGGUUGAUGGAAAACCAAUUAGUCUCGGUCUUUGGGAUACGGCAGGACAAGAAGAUUAUGAUAGAUUACGUCCGCUUUCGUAUCCUCAAACUGAUGUUUUUUUAAUUUGUUUUUCUUUAGUUAGUCCUUCUUCUUAUGAAAACGUUAAAAGCAAGUGGUAUCCUGAGAUUAUGCAUCAUACAACUAACACUCCACUUAUUCUUGUUGGCACCAAGCUUGAUCUUCGUGAAGAUAAAGAAACAAUUCAAAAAUUAAAACAAAAGAGUCAAAUUCCCAUCACAUAUCCACAAGGUCUUCAAAUGGCAAAAGAUAUCGGUGCUGUAAGAUAUCUUGAAUGUUCUGCUUUGACUCAAAAAGGUUUGAAAAGUGUUUUUGACGAAGCAAUUCGUGCCGUGCUUUGUCCUCCACCAAUUCAAAAAAGAAGAAAAAAUUGUGUGAUUUCAUGA